UAUAUCCUCCGGUUCUACCCUGAUCCCACCUUUAACGUGUCUACUUAUAGUAUGUGCUUGCAUUUGAUUUUUUUUUUUUAUUAUUCUCUAUCAAAAACUAAUAUAAAUAACGUUGGCUUCUCUUCGAAUAUUCGCAGCGCAACUCAUCUCUCUCUCUCUCUUCAAGUUUUCACGCAUUUUUUUUUCUUGAAAGUAGAGUUCUCUUCUUUUAUAAAAACUCGUCUCCUCCGAGAGAGAUUUUAAUACGCACAUACAUAAGGUUACUAAGAAAUGAGUUUCUCGAGAGCAAAACGUGUUACCGAUCCACUCCCUGACGAGGCUAGGGCUCGGCUCGUUGGAUGCAGCUUUAGCAGCGGCAGCGAACACACCGGCGACGAAGACUACGACGAUGAUUCCCCUUGUCUUUCCGAACUAGUCCAAGGGUUCUUGGAAGAUGAAGUUAACAACACCGUUCAUGACGAGUCACGCUGGUGUGAUAAUGACUCUGAUUCAGGCUCAUCUUCUGACUCGGAACGUGCCGACCUCCCAGAUUAUGCCGACGAUAUUGCGAAAAUCUUAAGGAACUCUCUCAGGGAAGAUAACUACGGAAGAAUGGUCUUGUUUCACGUGGCGAAAGCCAUGGAAAUGCUGUCGUCUUCACGAUCUGAUCAAGAACAGCGUGCCGUUUUGCGACGUAAGCUCAUGUCUCUUCUUAGAGAGCUCGGACACAAUGCGGCGAUCUGCAAAACUAAAUGGAAAUCCUCCGGCGGAGGUCUUACUGCCGGUAACCACGAAUUUAUCGACGUCGUCUACACACCCGUCGCCACGUCAUCUCAGACCGUACGCUACAUCGUCGAUAUAGAUUUCAAGUCGCAUUUCCAGGUGGCUAGGACAACGGUACACUACGCGCGUGUUCUCCAAUCUCUUCCGACAAUUUUGGUCGGGCGAGGGGAAGAUCUAAAGCGGAUCUUACGGCUUGUGUGCGAUGCGGCAAGGAUAUCCCUUAAGAGCUGUGGCCUCACGCUUCCGCCGUGGAGAAAAAAUCGCUACAUGCAGACGCGGUGGCUUGGUUCAUAUAAACGCACCGUCAACUUGACGCCGUCUUCUCGGGCCGUUAACACUGUCAUGUGUCGUGCCAUCGGUUUCGAUAACGCCACAAACGCCGUCGGUGGCGGCCGUCUUUUUGUGCGGACUCGAUAAAAUUAAUCGAUAAAAGCCACGUGUCAUUUAAUAAAUCGACAUUUUCCGAGAGAAUGAAUAAUAAUUCAUUAGUUUAGAAUUUUCUCCUCUAAAAAAUGUGUGAGAAAACAAACAAAUUAAAGCCAAAAAAUCCAGAUUAUACGAAAAAUAAAAAAUUUGACGCGGAAAAUUGACAUUGUGAAGAAAAUCACAAAUACGAGUAAUUAUCGGGUGUGACAGGGACGCAGAUAUGAUAAUAACUUAUGAUAGCCGUCGGAUCUCGUUCAAUAGUCAGAUCCAAAGGUAGUAAAGUAAAAAAGACAGAUAUCAUGGACAUGGAGAUUACAUUGGAUAAUAUUAUAUAACGAUGAUGUGUUGACGUGGCAGUACACGUAACGUAGUUCUCGUGUACAUUGAAUGUGGGCGUAAAAAGUCACGUCAAGGUCUAGGCGCAUGGGUCUGUCGUGUAGUAUCGACCACACGGUAAGAGCCUCAGUAGACAGAACAAAAGUUGGAUAAUA